AGUCAAACAAAAAACGUUGAAAAACUGUCCACUACUGCCAGAUCCCAGAUUUUCCGAAGACAAACCCGGUGUUCUCCCAUCGAAGAACAAUGAUCUGCUGAAAAUACUCAUUAUCACCUUCACCGGGUGCCCUCAGAUGUCAACAAGACUCUUACGAGCCAGGAACAGCCAGUAGGUCACCUUGUGUAUCAACAAAUUAACCUAAAAGUGAACAAAACAGUGGUGAUGAGUGGGGCACAGCCAACUCUGAAUGAGAUGGAAGUUGAUGAGAAUAAUGCUGGUGUUGUUGAUGCUCCGAUGGAGGUUGCUGCAUUCGUGGAGAAGCCCUCGACGUCAGCUGGCUCGGGGAGCCACACGUGCAGGGUCAUGGCAUCCUCAGGGACUGUCGGCUCUGUCUCCAUCAGUCUUCAUCCCCUCGUUAUCAUGAAUAUCAGCGAACACUGGACAAGACUGAGGGCUCAGGAGGGCAGUGAUCAACUAGUCUAUGGAGCCCUUAUUGGAAAGCAAAAGGGUCGUAAUAUCGAGAUCAUGAACUCCUUCGAGCUCCUCUUCACGGUGAUCGAGGGUGACGUUUUCAUCGACAAGGACUACUACAACACGAAGGAGGAGCAGUUCAAGCAGGUGUUCAGUGAGAUGGAUUUUCUCGGGUGGUACACGACUGGUGAUCAGGCAAAUGAGAGAGACAUCAGUGUCCACAAGCAGCUGUGUGUCAUCAACGAGAGUCCAGUCCUCCUGAAGUUGGAUCCCAGGCCUAGAAACACCGACCAAUUGUCAGUGUCCAUGUACGAGUCUGUUAUUGACCUUGUCAAUGGUGAAGCGACGAUGCUGUUCGUCCCAUUGACGUACACCCUAGCCACAGAAGAGGCUGAGAGAAUUGGAGUUGAUCAUGUCGCGAGAAUGUGCACGAAUGAUCAGGGAGAGAGUUCAUUAGUUGUUGAACACCUCAUGGCGCAGCACAGUGCCAUUAAAAUGCUUCAUUCACGUGUCAAACUCAUCCUGAUGUACCUCCAGGCGGUUGAGUCAGGCGAACUGACGCCCAAUCAUGAGAUUUUGAGAGCAGCAAGGUCACUGGCACAUCAUCUGCCUGUUUUGAACAGUGACAAGUUCAAAGCUGAUUUUUACAACCAAUGCAAUGACUUUGGUCUCAUUACCUACCUCGGAAUAAUAACCAAAGGGUGCAACGAUAUGAAUCAAUUCGUUAACAAAUUCAAUUUUCUGUACGAGAGAGCUGGCAUUGGUCCUGGACACACGAGACGCAUUCGAAAUUUGUUCUUUUAAUUUGGAAAUUUAGUAUCGUAUCAAAGGAAAUUUAUGAAGAAUGGAAACACCUCUGUAAUAACUGAUAAGCUUAAGAUAAUUUGAAUUAAAGUAAUUUAGAUAAAAAGAA